GUCUUUGUUGAAGUAGGCGAACGGUGCGGUCGUGUUUUCCGUCCCUGUUUUUGCAGCAAACAUGUCUGGAAGAGGCAAGGGCGGCAAGGGCCUGGGCAAGGGUGGUGCCAAGCGCCAUCGCAAGGUUCUUCGCGAUAACAUCCAGGGGAUCACCAAGCCUGCAAUCCGUCGCCUAGCCCGCCGCGGUGGUGUCAAGCGCAUUUCCGGCCUCAUCUAUGAAGAGACCCGCGGCGUCCUCAAGGUCUUCCUGGAGAACGUCAUUCGCGAUGCCGUCACCUACACCGAGCACGCCAAGAGGAAGACCGUGACGGCCAUGGAUGUGGUGUACGCGCUCAAGAGGCAAGGCCGUACCCUCUAUGGUUUCGGUGGUUAACAGCCGUCUCGCCGUCGGACACACAUCGAAAACGGCCCUUUUCAGGGCCAAACCA